AUGGAGACAGCGCGGCUCUCCUCUCCUCCGCCGCUCCAUUUUCACUCACGGCCCAAUUCGUAUUCCAGGAAACGCGUUAAGCGGCAGCAGACAUGUCCUGGCGUCGCUGCGGUGCUCUGGCUGUCACGCUCCUUGUUCGCGCCACCUCCUGGACUCCUCUGGACCUCUCCUCCCCUCUUGGUAGCGCGCAGUCUCGUAUGCGCGCUCUCUGUGCCUUUCCUCUCCUUUCGGUUCCUUCGCGUUUUGGACCUAUCUAUGAGCGCGCACACAGUCGACAGGGCGCGCUGGUAUGGCGCUUGUGUGGACGACAGACGCUCAGAGCGAAUCAGGCGAAGGGAGCCCACAUCCAACUGCUCUGUAUCAUAA